AUGUUGACUACAUUAAUAUGGAAUAUUGAUGCAGAGGUUCUUUUAAUCAUUCCCUCAGCUGAAUAUCUGAUUGAGAUUGAGAUUAAUGUAGAAGACAUACAACUCUUAAAACUUCUGAGGAACCUUUCAAAAACAAUUUUACCCUUUAAACAACGUAACAUUAAUAUCACUGAAAUGAACAUCACUACAGUGUGCAGUUUGAAUGGUACUGAAUAUCAGUGCAGGUGUGAGGAUCAGUAUUUCUGGCCAUGUGAAAAGUGCACACUAUAUGGAUCUUGUGAUGACGUCAACAAUGUCACAUGUGGUUGCAUCAAUACUCUACCAAAUGAUGGACACUUCUGCCAACCAAACAAUGAGCUGACUACUGAAUAUCUCAUUGAGUUUGAGAUUGAUGCAGUAGAUAGAACAGUCUUGAAACAAAUUAGAAACCUUUUGAAAACACUCAGUUCACCCGUCAUGCAUAGUAACAUCAAUAUGAGUGAAAUGACCAUCACUACAGUGUGCAGUUUGAAUGGUACUGAAUAUCAAUGCAGGUGUGAGGAUCAGUAUUUCUGGCCGUGUGAAAAGUGCACACUAUAUGGAUCUUGUGAUGAUGUCACCGGAUCCUCGUGUGGCUGCAUCAACACUCUUCCAAAUGAUGAACACUUUUGCCAACCAAUCAAUGAGCUGUCUUUGUGCAGUUUGAAUGGUACUGAAUAUCAGUGUAGGUGUGAGGAUCAGUAUUUCUGGCCGUGUGAAAAGUGCACACUAUAUGGAUCUUGUGAUGACAUCACCAAUGUCUCAUGUCGCUGCAUCAACACUCUACCAAAUAACGGACACUUCUGCCAACCAAUCAUUGAGCUGAAUAUUGACUAUCUGUUUGAAAUUGAGAUCGCUGUACUAGAUAUGACUCUCCUGAAUGAACUUAGGAUCCUUUCGGCGACACUCAGUUCAAUUGUCAAACAGAAUAGCAUCAAUAUAACUGAAUUGAACAUCACUACAGUGUGCAGUUUGAAUGGUACUGAAUAUCAGUGCAGGUGUGAGGAUCAGUAUUUCUGGCCGUGUGAAAAGUGCACACUAUAUGGAUCUUGUGAUGACGUCAACAAUGUCUCAUGUGGCUGCAUCAAUGAUCUUCCAAAUGAUGGACACUUCUGCCAACCAAUCAGUGAUCUGACUACUGAAUAUCUGUUUGAGAUCCAGAUUGAUGCAGUAGAUAUGACAGUCUUGAUACUAUUGAAGAACCUUUUAGCGACACUCAGUAAACCGUUCAUACAUGGUAACGUCAUUAUGACUGAAAUGAACAUUACCACAGUGUGCAGCUUGAAUGGUAAUAAAUAUCAGUGCAGAUGUGAGGAUCAGUAUUUCUGGCCGUGUGAAAAGUGCACACUAUAUGGAUCUUGUGAUCAUGUCACCGAAUCCUUAUGUGGCUGCAUCAAUGAUCUUCCAAAUGAAGAACACUUUUGCCAACCAAUCAUUGAGCUGUCUAUGUGCAGUUUGAAUGGUACUGAAUAUCAGUGCAGGUGUGAGGAUCAGUAUUUCUGGCCAUGUGAAAAGUGCACACUAUAUGGAUCUUGUGAUGAUGUCAACAAUGUCACAUGUGGUUACAUCAAUACUCUACCAAAUGAUGGACACUUCUUCUGCCAACCAAACAAUGAGCUGACUACUGAAUAUCUCAUUGAGUUUGAGAUUGAUGCAGUAGAUAGAACAAUCCUGAAGCAAAUUAGAAACGUUUUAACAACGCUCAGUUCACCCGCCAUGCAUAGUAACAUCAAUAUGAGUGAAAUGACCAUCACUACAGUGUGCAGUUUGAAUGGUACUGAAUAUCAAUGCAAGUGUGAGGCUCAGUAUUUGUGGCCGUGUGAAAAGUGCACAUUAUAUGGAUCUUGUGAUCAUGUCAAUGGACCCUCAUGUGGCUGCAUCAACACUCUUCCAAAUGAUGGACACUUCUGCCAACCAAUCAGUGAUCUGACUGCUGAAUAUCUGUAUGAGAUCAAGAUUGAUGCAGUAGAUAUGACAGUCUUGAAGCUAUUGAAGAACCUUUCAGCGACACUCAGUUCACCGCUCAUACAUGGUAACGUCAUUAUGACUGAAAUGAACAUCAACACAGUGUGCAGUUUGAAUGGUAAUAAAUAUCAGUGCAGAUGUGAGGAUCAGUAUUUCUGGCCGUGUGAAAAGUGCACACUAUAUGGAUCUUGUGAUCAUGUCAAUGGAUACUCAUGUGGCUGCAUCAAUGAUCUUCCAAUUGAUGAACACUUUUGCCAACCAAUCAAUGAGCUGUCUAAUAAUGAUACAUGUGCAGCUGUAACAACCACAGUAACCACAACAGCAAAACCCACCACAUUGACACAGUCUGUUGAAAUCACAGCCAAUGCAACAUCUGCUGCAACAACAUCCACCACAGAUACACCAACCACAUACACAACCAACACAACAACUGCUGUAGCCUUAACCACCACAGAUACACCAACCACAUACACAACCGACACAUCUACUACUGUAACAUCCACAACAACCACAACUACCACAUUCACUGCAUUUGCAGAUGAAUAUCUGAUUGAGUUUGAGAUUGAUGCAGUAGAUAGAACAAUCCUGAAACAAAUUAGAAACCUUUUAAAAACACUCAGUUCACCGGCCAUGCAUAGUAACAUCAAUAUGAGUGAAAUGAACAUCACUACAGUGUGCAGUUUGAAUGGUACUGAAUAUCAGUGCAGGUGUGAGGAUCAGUAUUUCUGGCCAUGUGAAAAGUGCACACUAUAUGGAUCUUGUGAUGACAUCACCAAUGUCUCAUGUCGCUGCAUCAAUACUCUUCCAAAUUCUGGACACUUCUGUCAACCAAUCAUUGAGCUGAAUAAUAGCUUUACAUGUCCAGCUGUAACACCCACAGCUGACUAUCUGAUUGAAAUUGAGAUCGCUGCACUAGAUAUAACUCUCCUGAACGAACUUAGGAUCCUUUCAGCGACAUUCAGUUCAAUUGUCAAACAGAAUAACAUCAAUAUAACUGAAUUGAACAUCACUACAGUGUGCAGUUUGAAUGGUAAUAAAUAUCAGUGCAGAUGUGAGGAUCAGUAUUUCUGGCCGUGUGAAAAGUGCACACUAUAUGGAUCUUGUGAUCAUGUCAAUGGAUCCUCAUGUGGCUGCAUCAAUGAUCUUCCAAAUGAUGGACACUUUUGCCAACAAAUCAAUGAGCUGUCUAAUAAAGCUUUGUGUCCAGCUUUAAGACCAACAGCUGAAUAUCUGAUUGAGAUUGAGAUUGAUGCAGUAGAUAGAACAGUCUUGAUGUUACUGAGGAAUUUUUCAUCAACACUCAGUUCACCCUCCAAAAAUACUACAAUUAAUAUGACUGAAAUGAACAUCACUACAGUGUGCAGUUUGAAUGGUACUGAAUAUCAGUGCAGGUGUGAGGAUCAGUAUUUCUGGCCAUGUGAAAAGUGCUCUUUAUACGGCUCCUGUAAUGAUGUCACUAAUGAUUCCUGUGGCUGCAUCAAAGGUGUUCCAAAUGAUGGACAUUUCUGCCAACCAACCCACAAAUUGACUGAUAAUGAUACAUGUGCAGCUGUAACACCCACAGCAAAACCCACCACAUUGACACAGUCUGUUGAAAUCACAGCCAAUGCAACAUCUGCUGCAACAACAUCCACCACAGAUACACCAACCACAUACACAACCAAUACAACGACUGCUGUAGCCUCAACCACCACAGAUACACCAACCACAUACACAACCAACACAACAACUGCUGUAGCCUUAACCACCACAGAUACACCAACCACAUACACAACCAACACAUCCACUACUGUAACAUCCACAACAACCACAACUACCACAUCCACUGCAUUUGCAGACAUCCAUGUAUUAAACUUCUCACUGGCCCUAAAUGAAGAAUUUGACUUUGCACUCACUGAUCAACAUAGUGCAAAAUACCAAGCAUAUAAAACAAAAAUUGAGAGUUCAAUUGAUGAUAGUUACAGAAAUAUACCUUCCUACCAAGCCACCUCUGGAAAAGUGACUGGAUUCAGACCUGGUAGUGUGAUUGCAGACUUUACUAUUAAAACAAGAAGUGAUAACCUUAAUUUGGUAUCAGUGAACCAGCAGCUUGCUAGCAAUCUUCGUUCAGAGGGUUUUAAUGUGAGCGAAACUGCAUUCAGUCAAAGUGUAAAAGAUGGGCUCUAUGAGAACAACGGCAAUAUAUAUCCUGGGACAAAUCUAACACUGACCUGCAAUGCUCCAUUUGCUAAUGACAUUAUAUGGACCAUGAACGGGAAUCAACUACAAACAUCAAAUAAGUAUGAAAUUAAUGGUUCUGGACUCACGGUAAAACAUGUCACUCCCAAUGACAAUGGACAAUAUGCAUGCACAACAACAGUAAACUCAACACCCUAUGUUAUUUGGCAAACCAUUACAAUCCAGCCUUACCCCAAUAUCCAAGUGAGCAGUGACAAAGUUGUGAAAUGUGAGGACUCGGUGAUCACACUGAAGUGUUGUGUUCAGGGAAUAUAUGAAGUGAAAUGGACUGACACUGUAGCUUGCAAGUCAACUUCAACAGUUCCAAUGAAAGGCUGCACAUUAUGUGAAUAUAAAAUAAACAAUCAGGAAUGCCAGUCUACAGACCAAGUAAUACAGGUCACCUGUCAACUCACUUCACCUAUCAGUGGAAAUACAGCUCCAAGUUACAAUUCAAAGAACGUCAGAAUUGAAGUGAGCAAAAGGGUAUUUGCCUGCUCUGAUAGUGUUUUUGGAGCUGGAAAUCUGGGAGAUGUACACUUUGGUGACUGUAAUGAAAACAUGGUUGGCUCUCAAAAGGCUGUGUGUAAUACAUCAGGCCUCUGGGACACCAUAGAAAACAACUGUAUCAUACGCAUCAUUAAAAAUUUAAAAGAGGAUGCUAAGAAUUUGCAGGUAACAGGCAUUCGAGACUUUAUGGGCAAUGUCAUCAAUAGUACUACAGAAGAGGCUAAAAGCAUAAUGGAAUCUCCAGCUACCAUAUUAACAAUUGUAGACAUAUUGACAAUCAUUUCCAAUCUCUCACAAACAAUUUUAAUCGAUCAACCUGUCAUGAGGGAUUUCCUGAAAACAACUGACAUAAUUGGAUCAGUAGGUGCUCGGGACAAGUGGACACAUUUGAACAAAAACAGUACAACCAUGAAUGCCAGUUCUGAACUACUGAAGUCUAUUGAAAGCAUUGCAAGCAGACUCGGCAAUGGCAACUUCAACAUAACAACAAACUACACAACUCUCAGUAAAAUUAAUGUUUCUGCCCCCUUUUCUGAAACAUUUGGUAUAAAUUUAACUACUCAAAUAAAUUUACCCAUAAUUAAGAAACCAAUUUUUAUCACAGUGAUAAUUUCUUCUGCCCUUGAAAAUGCCUUACCUGUUCGAAAUCUGACCAACAAUGACAGCACUCAGACUGACACCAAGAUCAAUGGAGAUGUAACUAUGAUUAAGACAACAUCACCAAUUAACAACAUCUCCUUUUAUUUUGCCAUCAAAAAUAAGACAUUGGGAAACCCUCAGUGUGUCUUUUGGAACUUUAGUCUUUUGAAUGGUAGUGGUGGAUGGGACUCGACUGGAUGCCAACUAAAGCCAUUAGGGACUAAACCUGAAAGAUUUACAUGUGAGUGCAAUCACACAACCUCUUUUUCAAUCCUGAUGUCACCAUUUACCCCGGAUAACUUAGCCUUAGACUAUAUAACCUACACUGGUGUUACCAUUUCAAUGGUGAGUUUGGUUUUGUGCCUCAUCAUUGAAAUCAUCAUAUGGAAAUCAGUGACACGAAAUGACACAUCCUUCAUGCGCCAUCUUUCUAUAGUCAACAUCACUGUCUCCCUUUUGAUUGCGAAUAUAUGCUUCAUCAGUGGAGCAGAUGUUGUUAAACAAGAGGGUUAUGAGGGUCCCUGCAGUACAGCGACGUUCUUCAUGCACUUCUUUUAUCUUGCCCUUUUCUUCUGGAUGUUUCUGUCAGCACUUUUGCUCCUCUACCGCACCCUCAUGGUCUUUUCCAGAAUGACCAGAGGAGCAAUGAUGGCCAUAGGCUUCACCGUCGGCUAUGGAGCCCCGUUAAUCAUAGCUGUCAUUACUGUGGCAUCUACAGCUGGAGGCACUGGAUACAUUCAACAAGAAAAUAGCUGUUGGCUGAACUGGAAUAAAACGAAGGCUCUCCUGGCAUUUGUGAUUCCUGCUCUGACGAUUGUAACUAUAAACUUCCUGGUGCUUAUUGUCGUUCUGUUUAAGAUGUUGAGGAGAGGAGUUAAUGCUUCUGUUCAGCCAGAUGAGAAACAUCCCCUAGUGGUCAUUGCUAGAUGUGUGGCAAUUUUAACACCUCUCUUUGGUCUAACGUGGGGAUUCGGCAUUGGGACUUUGGUGUCACAGAACUUUGGGAUUCAUGUGGUGUUCGCAUUCCUUAAUUCACUGCAGGGUUUUUUUAUUUUGCUAUUUGGAAUAUUACUGGACAGUAAGGUCAGACACACAUUGGCAGGAAAGCUGGGUCUAAAGAUCCUCAGCUCGAACCAUACCGGGAGAAUGAGUGCAGGACCAUCAUCCUCAAGUGGCCGUCCUUUCUUUCAGAGGGUAUAACAGUGACGUAUGUCAAUAAACUGAAAUGUUAUGCUUUUUUUUGCUUUCCUGUCCUUGUCUCCAUUCGGUUAAUACUCUUUUUAGUUUUGUUCUUUUAUUAUUGUACAUAUACAUACAUUUUAUUGUCCAUGUGAAUUUUAUUUGUUAGCUACAGUAGGUAUUGUCACCCUAGCGGACCAGUAGCUUUCACAAUCUGUCUGUCCACUUGCCUCCAAAAGUAACACUGAUCCUUAUGUCCACUCGCCUCCAAAAAGCACCGGCCUUUGCGA